AUGCACCCCCAGACCAAUGGUCAUACUGAAGUGAUGAAUCGGGCGAUUCUAGAGGGCCUCAAGAAGAGGGUCUUGGGCGCAUGUGGCGCUUGGGUGGACAAACUCCCUAGCGUCUUAUGGGCGAUGUGGACAACCCCCAAAGCUGCCUUGGGAGAAUCUCCGUUCAGCCUAGCGUUCGGAACCGAAGCAGUACUCCCGCCCGAAAUGCUAUUCCCGACCUUGUGCACCUCCAACUAUGAACCAAGAGGCUCCGCUAAGGGCCUGCGAGCAAACCUGGACCUCCUCGAGGAGAGGAGAGCCAAGGCGCAUCUGCGUAAAAGGUAG